AUGGCAAGCCAUAGCGGAGUGCGCCUCCGCCUCGUCAGCCAGAGCAUGCGGUGCGUUCAGCUGGGCUUCACCUACUUGGAGUACAUCGACGUGGUGGAUGCACCUCGCCUGGAGAGGAUCUUCCAGUGGGAGAUCACUACCCACAGCCUCUGCGCCAAGAAGCACUCUUCCAGGAUCAAGAUUGGACGUGCACCUAACCUGCGUAUGCUGGGAUACCUUCUGCCAGGAGAGCAAGAUUUGGGGAUUACCAACACCGUCAUCGUGGCUGGGAGCAAGGAGAACAUUGUCCCUAGUGUCCAGAUUUUGGCCAUAGAGUUGCACUUUGGUGUCCGGGGUGCUGUCAAGAAAGUAUCUGGUUUUCUCAGAGGCUUCCCUAACCUGGACACGCUCCAUGUCCAGUCCGUCCGCGUAUCUGAAAAGUCCACCGGCAAGGUCAAUCUCAAGUUCUGGCAGGAGGGCGGCCCCAUCAAAUGUGUCGUGGAGGGCAUGAAGAAGGUGUUCCACUUCUACGAGUUCCGAGGGUCAAAAAGCGAGGUUGCUUUCCUCAAGUUUAUCGCGGAGAGAGGUCGUGUGCUGGAGCAGAUGGUGGUUGUGGUGGCCAUUGAGUGUUUCUCCUCAGGGGAUAAUGUGAAUGCCAAGCUGAAGCCUCUGGCCAGUGCGAAAUGGACGAGCAAAACUUGCAAACUACAGCUCUUCAAGACCCCGCUCACUGCUGGGGGAGGUCCUGCUUACAGCCACCCGCUAGCUUCUGAUUUUGGAUGUGCUGACCCUUUUGACCUCAAGUACUACGACAAAGCAGAAAGGAUCUCUGUAAGUUAA